CAAUCGCCUAGUGGUGGGCGGGGCGUGCCGUAGCGGCCGGGAGCAGUGCUGGCCAUGGCUGCGCCGUGGGAAGAUGUCCUGCGAAACAAGCCGGCCAUCCAGGAGGCAGUGACGGUGGCCGUGGAUGCGGCGCUUCUGGAAGGCGUGCUGAUGCGGACUGAAGGGGAGCCCAAUGCCUCGGAUGUGGUAAACUACGCUCCCUUUACCCUGCUCCCGUCCGCAGUACCAAGUGCCCUGUUUGAACAAGCCUAUGCUGUUCAGCAAGACUUUAAUCUGCUGGUGGAUGCUAUUAGCCAAAACAAAGAAUUCCUGGAGCAUACUCUGGCCAGCACCAUCCAGGUAGACGACUUCACAGCUCAACUCUUCAGAAUCCACAAGCAAGUUUUGGAGGAAGGCUUGGCUCAGUCUGUGUUUUUAGGCAUAAACCGCUCUGAUUACAUGUUUGACUGUGGGGUGGAUGGGAAACCAGCUCUGAAGCAGAUAGAAAUAAACACCAUUGCUGCCAGCUUCGGAGGCCUCACCUCCCGCACUGUGGCGGUUCACAGGCGGGUGUUGAAAGUGCUGGGAAAGUCUGAGGAGGCAUCACGCCUCCUGCCCAACAACCCAUCAAAAGGGCUUGCCUUGGGUAUUGCGAAAGCCUGGGAGCUCUACGGCUCUCAAAGUGCUGUGGUGAUGUUUCUGGUGGAGGAAGUCCAGAGGAACAUUUUUGAUCAGCGAUGUGUAGAAAAUGAGCUUUGGAACAGGAAUAUUCGGGUCAUCAGGAAGCGAUUCAGAGAUGUGUUUGAAAAGGGGUCUCUGGAUGAUGCCAAGAGGCUGUAUAUGGAUGGCCAGGAGGUAGCGGUGGUGUACUACAGAGAGGGCUAUGUGCCAGAGAACUACAACCAGCAGAACUGGGAGGCACGGUUGUUGCUGGAGAGAUCAAGGGCAGUGAAGUGCCCUGACAUUGCCACCCAGCUUGCAGGCACCAAGAAGGUCCAGCAGGAGCUGAGCCAGCCAGGGAUGCUGGAGAGAUUACUGCCCGGCCGUGCCGAGGCUGUCGCUCGAAUAAGAGCAACGUUUGCUGGACUCUAUUCCCUGGACAUGGGCGAAGAGGGUGACAAGAUAGCUGCUACAGCUAUUGCUGACCCCAACCGGUUUGUGCUGAAGCCACAGCGAGAAGGUGGAGGGAACAACCUCUAUGGUGAAGAGCUCAGGCAGGUUCUGGAGAAGAUCAGAGACAGCCCUGAGAGAACCUCCUACAUCUUGAUGGAUAAGAUCAAACCACAGCCAUCGAUGAAUUACUUGCUGAGGGCUCACAGUCCCCUAGAAGUGUCUGAGUGCAUCUCAGAGCUUGGUAUUUUUGGUGUCUAUGUCAGACAGGGCAAGGAGAUGGUGAUGAAUGAGGCUGCCGGCCACCUCCUGCGGACGAAGGCCAUCCAGCACGCAGAUGGUGGGGUAGCGGCAGGGGUGGCGGUGCUGGACACUCCUUACUUGGUGUGAGGAGGCGAUGCCACAUCCCGCUUACCUCGCUCUGGUGCCUGAAGAGCUGAUCUGCUGCAGCAAUGGUCUCCGUAGGGUGUGCUUACCAAGGUCUGAGGGGUUGGGGACUGCCAGGAGGGACUGUGUGGACACAACUGCUCAAGCCCCAGCCUCUCCUCUGCAGAUCUUCCUGCAGGAAGAAGGAACUCCCUUGCUGUGCCCUGCCCUGUCCCAGCUGUGCCCUCCUACCGUAGGGACCUAGCCUGCAGGCAGGGGUCUGUACAGCAAAGCUGAAGGGUGAACAUGCCCCAGCAGGCGCUGACACUGUUCCCAGUUUCAUGCUCCUUGAUGCUGCAUUAUUGCUAGAGACACAGAAACCCAAAACCGGGGGAAGGGGAGGAGAAAGGUAGAUGUGGAAGUAACAGAAAGUGCCUCAGUGCUGUCCAGGUUAAAGAGGGGAGGUAGCUCCCCAUGCCUAUGGCCCCUCCACCCCUCCUUCAGGUCCUCCUGCUGCCCUCAUUUCUACUUUUCCCUCUGCCUGAGCAUCCUCUGCGUUCCUGCACGAGGGACAUGUGCCUUGCUCUAAUUUGUCCAAGGGCCUCUUGCUUUUGCUUUGCCCAACUCCCUGGUUUGUUUUGGUUUUUGGUUUGGGGUGGUGGGUUUUUUUUUUUUUUUUUGGACUGGACCCUCAUCCCAACCACAGGGCAGGCAGCAGUGCAGAAUGUGUCUGGCAGGCCCUGCCCUCCCCAGGGGAGGGCUGCAUCAGCUCCCCUUGCCUCCUGCAGCUUUGGCCAACACAUCCCCAUGGAUUAGCACAAGAACCCCUCAAUGAUGGAGGCAGAUUCCAGCGCAAUGCUGAAUCAGAGCCUUGUGUCGAUAAAUCCUGAAUCCCCAAGGGCUCGUGCCAGUGCACCUGGCUGCAAGUCGUGCACUGAGCAGUGUCGUCUGCUGCUGCAUGGUCAGCCCAAGAGCAGUGUCAGGGAGCCCCAACCUCAGUGAUGGGCCUGCUGGGAUGUGGAACAGGCUGAGUCUGGGAGCUUUGUGGGGGGGAGUGACUGAAUUGCAGGAGAGGCAGAGCGGGUGCAGCCCCAGCUGCCAGGGGCUUCACUCUGGGACCAGCACUGGUGGAGGGCAAGACUUGUCGCCUUCCAGGCUUCAUGAAUCAGUGGAGGGUCACAGAGACGUGCAGGCUUUCCCUCCCAUGGGUUUUUGCCUCUUCCUCCAGCCCCUCUUCCUCCUUAGUCAAGCAGUUCAAGGGGAAACAUGAGAUGCAGUGCCCUGGUGAAGCAACUUCAGCGCUACCCUUCAGUGACACCAGAGAGCAGCAGCAGAAAGCCAGAAUUGCUGAAGAAGGACCACGCUGAUUGACAGACUUGCACCCUGCCAGGCACGUUGCUGCGGCGGCACUGGGUGCUUCAAUCAUCAAUCCUUCACCCUGGAAAGAGUUCAGUUCCGUAAGUGUGACUGAUGCUGUGAUUCCUGGGUGCCUGUUUCGCUGUAUGUGGGGGUGGUGAUUACCCUCACCCAGAGAUUAAAACAUAUGUGCAAUCUGA